AGAUAAUCCACCAGUGUGAGAAUGGCGAGGUUGUCAGGGGUUUUGCUGAUGUGUUUACUAGCAGGUUCGUCCAAAUGCCAGGACGAAGGUGCAGGAAGCAAGACUCACAUCACUGAGCUGACACCUAAGGGUCACGUAGACACCCAGGCUGAGGACCAGGGCUUUUUGACAUGUAAAAAUGCAACAGCACUUGUUUACCACAUAUUGGAGCAGCUGGGGACCAUGAAGGAGAAGCUGACGACCACAGUCCAGGCCCUGGAGGAAACCAACAAGAGGCUUGAGGCCAGUGAGAAGAAGCUGUCAGCUUUUAAUGAGACUGUGACUGAUCGUGGUACAGUGGGACAAGGUCAUAGAAUUCUAUACACUGAUGACUUCCAUACUUGGUCCAAAAUCGCAUUUUCUGCCACAUAUCCAACUUCGUUCAACAUUGUUUCUGGAAGUGCGCCUCAGUCUCUGGUGUACAGUCGUGUCCUGUCUAACGUUGGAGGACAUUACAGUCCAGAUACAGGCUUCUUCACAGCCCCGGUGAAGGGAGUGUACUCAUUCACCUUCAAUUCCUUUUGUUGGAGGGGAGAAGUCCGAUGUGGUGGCAGUCUGUACCACAAUGGCAAGCCACAAGUGUCGUGGUACAUUUGGAGGCCAAACCAAGAUGAAUCUGGAUCGAAUAGUGCCAUCCUGACGCUACAAGUUGGAGACACAGUCAACGUUCGUAUCUGGGAGAACUCCAGGGUUUCCGAUAAUGACCAUCACUACUCUACCUUCAGUGGUUUUUUGGUCUUUCCAAUCUAAUUAUUUCCCUGCACUCAUAAAGGACAGUUAUGCUGUCAGUUACACCCAGAUCCUAUUAAAUAUUCUCUGAUUAAAAAGAGUCACUUUUUAGUCAAAAA